CCGCAGUGUAUUUCCCAUCGCGACGCCAUCUGUCAAAAGAAGUAAUCAACACGUUUAUAUCAACAUCGAUCCACGACGACAUCGACGACGUUCGCGGAUGCGCAUGCUGGGCGAGGCCAACACGAGCACCUCGAUCACAUUCUACUAUAGCCUUCAGCGUUGACCAGAACUUUGCGCCGUUGGCGACACUGUAGUGGACCUAGUCAAGGGCCGCUGUGUCCGCAGCUUGAAAGUUACGAUGCCAACCCCGUCGUCCGGCCCGUCGCAAGGAGGGCAAUCGCCAACUUCACCAGUGUUUUCAGUUUGUCCAGACGAAAGUCAGAGUCCAUUAAGUGGAGAAAGAGGAGGAAGUGCGUUGCUCAUCGAAGAUGGAAAUAUGCCACUCCCUGCAGGACUCGACUUGGAACGCUUGCCACCGAGCCACGCCUUCAAUGACGAGUCGCCAGUCGAUGGCACCAGCACACUGGAGGAGGACAUCUCAGGAGACUCUUCCUCACGCGCCACAACAUCGUCCCCCGCAUCGCGCUCUAACCAUAUAAAUGCGACGCCUCUGCCGCCUGUUGAUCACGAUGCCGAUAGACACAAGUUCGGGGAUUAUGGCGAGCACCGCCGUAGCCACACGUCUGCUUUGCGGUCAGCCAGAGCUCCUACUACGGUGGCCGAGUCGGCAACUCCGCCUCGAGGCGAGCAAAUCGGCGAUUCUAUGCCAGAAGAUCCAGACACAGAGAUGAAUGUACCAUCGAGUGCAUAUGACUUCCCCACCCUACGCCCUCCCUGUAUAUGUCCGUUCCUGCGCCCCGGAAGCAAAUUCCAGGGGAUGCAACAAUCUGAGAAGCAGAAGUACGAGGUUCAAGUCGAGAUCAAGCACGUGGAUCCAAGAGAGUCCCUCUUGUGCGGAUACCUGCGAAUACGCCUGACGGAAGACCACCCAACGCUCACCACCUAUUUCGAAGGAGAGAUCAUCGGUUCGAAAUACAACUUCUUCACUGCAAAUGAAGCUUGGGGCGCUACGCACAAGGACGAUCUCAGUCACUGGGCUAAGUUCGGAGCUUUUCGGCCGUUCCAAAAGCAGGCACGUCGGGGCAUAGUGCAUAUUCCUGAUGUGUUUCAACGGGAACACAUCUUCAUGCGCUGGAAAGAGCAUUUCCUCGUACCCGAUCACCGUGUGAGGACAAUCACUGGUGCCAGUUUUGAGGGGUUCUACUACAUAUGUUUCAAUCAGCUGAGAGGCGAAGUCAGCGGUAUCUACUUCCAUUCAAAGAGCGAAAAAUUCCAGCAGUUGGAACUUAAGCAUGUCAAAGAUCGAGGCUGCUUCAGUGCUGUCGAAUUCAGGUGAUGUUGCCAAGUUGAUGUUGAGAUAAUAUCUUGGGCGAGUUGCAUCAUCACCAUAAUCUGGGAGCAUUUGCCACUAGUAUGGACCAUUUGGAAGCGGCUGAUGUCGCCUGUUUUUCUAUUGCACCUUUGAAGCCAUGCUGGUUAGAAUGCCACACCGUAAGACAGCCUUUCACACCAGGCCUACCCAAGUGAUGUGAGGACCAAGAGCUCAAUUGACUCAGCGAAAUUGCCACGGUCGCAGACGAAGGU